AUGGCAGGGCUGAGAGAAAUCGCCGUUAUCGGUGGUACUGGUGCUCAGGGCAUGCCGGUAGUACAAGCUUUAUCGCAAAUUGGACGUUAUCUCGUCAGGGUCUUGACUCGAAACCCCAAGUCUUCCCGCGCCGAGAAGCUCGCCGCCCUGCCGAAUGCAACACUUAUUCAGGGCACUCAAGAAAACCAACAAGACCUACAUCGUGUCUUUAAAGGCGUAUACGGUGCCUGGGUAAAUCUUGAUGGAUUUACUCUAGGCGAAAAAGACGAACUCUUUUAUGGCUUUAGGGCCUAUGAGAUUGCGAGGUCUGAGCAUGUACAGCACUAUGUUUGGGCCAACAUCGAAUAUGCCUUGGGCCAUGCCAACUUUGACGAGACUUACCACUGCGGGCACAUGGAGUCCAAGGGCAGGGUGGGCAAGUUUAUUCUUGCACAAGGCCAAGGCCCUAUGAAGACUACGCUUUUUAGUACCGGUUCGUAUAUGGACAUGCUCAUAGAUGGCAUGUUUACUCCUAAAGCUCAGCCCGAUGGGUCCUUUCUGUGGGUUAAUCCAGCCCCAAGCGAUACGAAGCUCCCCUUGAUCGCCCUUUGUGACGUCGGCAUUUACAACCUCUGGAUCUUCGACAACCCAUCUGAGUCGGCAGGCAUUGAUCUCUCUGUAAUGACAGAUAAUGUGAGCUUCAAUGAGAUUGCUGAGGCUUUUACCGAGAUUACUGGCAGGUCAGCUUCGCACCAGAGCGUGCCGUUCGAGUCAUAUGCACCUUAUGCAGAGCCAUAUCCAGGUGCUUACGUCAACUGGGCUCUAGGUCCCGAAGCAUCACGGGAUGACUCAGUCAUGAGUUGGCGAGAGAACUUUGGUGCUUGGUGGAAGUACUGGGGCGAUGGUAUCACUCCACCACGGGAUACAGAAAUUCUUGAUCGUAUCUAUCCCAAUCGUAUCAAGACACUGGGAGAAUGGAUGCGGCACGUGGGAUAUAAUGGGGCCCGUCCGGGCGGCGUUCUGAAGAUGGUGGAAGACUGGGCUAGUAAAAAGGCAUCUUAG